GGAAUGUGUUCCUAAUGUUUGGUGUAGUCAGUGUAUAAAGACACCACACAAUCCCACUGCAAUGAAUUUUCAAGGAGGAGAACCAUAGUAGUGCCAGACUAGUGGUGCACCAUUGACUGUUUAUUAAGGGAGUAGUUCUGGUUUAAUCUGGCUAUAAGACUUUAAACCUCCUAUGUAAGAUACUUAGACCUAUUCAUAGCCACUCGAUCUGUAUCACUACUCGUGCUGUAACAACAUUCAAAGCAACACAGUUCAAGAAGAAGAGCCAGACUCGCUAAGCUCAGGAUUUACAAAGCUAAGUUGUCUGGUCUGGGGUAGUCAAACUGUUCUGGCAACAAGAGCUGAUAAGAUGUGGAAAGAGUUGACGAAAAACCAGCUAGUCAAGUACGGCGCUGUGACCACAGUGACAACCAUAUUGCCGUUUGUCUCCAAACCAGGCUAUGUUUUACUGCGAAAGUGGAUCGCUGGUGGGGUAUGCCGCAGCCGUGCCAAACUGCAUGGAAGGACUGUGGUGAUCACUGGUGCCAACACUGGCAUCGGCAAGGAGACGGCCUGGGAUAUGGCCAUGAGAGGAGCUCGGGUGAUCAUGGCUUGCCGAGACCUCACCAGGGGAGAAGCAGCUGCAGCAGAGAUCCGCAGUUCCACAGGAAAUACUAACGUGGUGGUGCAACAACUAGACCUGGCCUCCCUCGGGUCAGUACGUCAGUUUGCUCGGGAAUUCAUUGCCACAGAGACCCGUCUGGACAUACUUAUCAACAACGCAGGUAUAAUGCUGUGUCCCAAAAGCCUCACAGUGGACGGUUUUGAGAGUCAAUUUGCCGUCAAUCACCUAGGUCACUUCCUAUUGACCAAUCUGCUCCUGGACAUGCUGAAAGCCUCAACCCCCAGCCGCGUCAUCAAUGUGUCUAGCAUCGCUCAUCAAGGCGGGAAAAUCCACUUUGAAGACCUUAAUUUUGAUAAGAAGGGGUACAACUCAGUAAUCGCCUAUAAGCAGAGCAAACUGGCCAACCUCCUCUUCUCCAGGGAGCUGGCACGAAGGACCAAAGCAGUCUUAGUAUGCACAACAAAAAUUAUACAAACAAAUAAUGUUGCUUCAAAAUCAGGUUAUAACUGGUGUACAGUACAGCGCUCCCUGCCACACGACGUCUCUGAAUGUCCACAUUCUAAGGUUAGUGGCCCCAUCCCUACACUCACGCCAUCAGGUACUGGAGUGACGUCAUAUUCCCUGCACCCUGGGGUUAUCCGGACAGAGCUGUGGCGCCACUCGCAGUCAAAGUACCCCACGCUGAGUGCCAUGCUGUCAGCCCCCGCCUGGCUCCUGAUGAAGAACCCCAAGGAGGGGGCCCAGACCACCAUCUACUGCGCCGUCACUGAGGGGCUGGAGGAGAAGAGUGGCUGCUACUUCAGUGACUGUCAGGAGAAGGUGCCAGCUCCUGAGGGGAGAGAUGAUCUUGCAGCACUGAGACUAUGGGGCGUUAGCGCCGGGCUAGUAGGACUCAAUAAGAACAACUGAGCAACUCGCCUUGCUACAUGGUGACACUCCCAACCCCACCUGCCAGAGCUCCCCGGAUACUGCCAUAUUUAUUUUAACCUUGGCUCUUAACUUUCAUAUCAGAAGGGUUAUUGUGAGAUAUCCUGUAUUCUAUAUAUAUAUAUAUAUUGUGGGUAAAUACACAUUUUCUAUAUUCUAUAUUGUGGGAAAAGACAAAUGCAUCAAUGCUAGUAUGAUGUUUUAUUAUAAUACAGUAUGUUUGAUCACUUUUUUUCUGUAUUGCAUUGUAGUUUAUUAUUGUUACAAUGGUCUUCAUGCUGUUGAAUAGACUGACGAAUGUAAUAAAGUUCUGUUUUUUCAUGUCUUCAU